GUUUGGCGCUGAUUUAUUUACUUUUUUUGGUGGGUGAACCAGGAAGUUCUUGAAUGGAUGUUUUUAGCAUAAAAAAUGUCAAUUAUGUUGGAUUUUGCAAAAAUAUGUCGUGUUUGUUGCUUAGAAGGGACAAUGAUGAAUGUAUUUAAGGUGCAUAUUUCAAAGAAAUUAAUGGCUUGUGCUACAAUUCAGGUCUGGCAAAAUGAUGGUUUGCCGACGCAAAUCUGCACAAAAUGUGUAGCAAAGUUGCAUAUUGCAUUCCAAUUUAAGAAACUCUGUGAGAAAUCUGAUGCCCGGCUGAGGCAUUACUUGGCCAAUCCACCCGGUGGUGGUGCAGAAGAGACUCAUAGUGAAGAGAGAAUUCCCAGUGAUUAUGUUUAUGUUGAUUGUCCGAGUGGUGGGGAGUCAACUGGGGCGCAGCAGUAUGAGAGUGUUCAGGCAACAAUUCAAACCCCAACGCUCUCGUACAGUGCAAGUGGGGCGCUGCAGCCAAUCCUUCCUCCAACGUUCACCACUCAGAAUCUCCAAUGUGUUCCCUUUCAAGCCUACAGUGUUCCCAUACAUCUUCCAACAGCUGCUACUGGGCAAGUGUUGACUGUUGGUACAAUAUUACCCACAACACCAGACACUGGAACAAUGUUGCAGGAAAAGAAGAGUCCAGAAGAGAAGCAAAGGGAGAAAUUGAGGACAAUUGAUCAGGAGGAUGGGAGAAAGUGCCAAAUCUGUGGGAAGGAAUUUGCAUCAGCAACUAAACUUGGGCGCCACAUGAAGAUUCAUUCGGGGGAACAGCCCUACAAGUGCAAAGUCUGCCUCAAGCGCUUCUCACACAGUGGGAAUUUCAAAGUUCACCUUCGGAUGCACACAGAUGAGCGCCCCUUUCAGUGUACCAUCUGCAAUAGAGCUUGUAGACAGUUGCAGGAUCUGGAGAAGCAUAUUCGGACACAUACGGGCGAAAAGCCCCAUUCGUGCAACAUCUGCCCGAAGAAAUUCUCAACAUCCAGCAAUUUGAUAGCACACAUGAGGACCCACUCUGGGGAGAAGCCCUACGUCUGUUCCAUCUGCAGCAAGGCAUUUUGUCAGUCAAAUGAACUCAAUAAGCAUACACGUAUCCAUACGGGAGAGAAACCACAUCAGUGCUCUGUGUGCCAUCGGCGGUUCAAUGGAUCCUCCACACUGCGGAUACAUAUGCGUAGUCAUACGGGAGAGAAGCCCUAUGUGUGUUCCAUCUGCCCCAAAGCCUACUCCCAAUCGCGUUGCCUCCAAAUGCACCUAAAGACACACAAUAUCUUCAAAAAGCCACCUGAAUCUGAUGAGGCAACAACAAAAUGUCAAAGGGAAGACCUUCUAAAUGCUCCCUGAACAAACAUUCCUCAUAUGGAACAUCAAAAUGUGAUCAACAUGUGAUUAUUUAAAGAAUUUUGAAGGAUUAAAGGAUUAAGCCUAAGCAGA